CCUUUCAAUUUUUGUGGGAUAUUUUCCAUUUUCAGAAAUCAAUUUUGCAAGGAGGACAUCAAAAAGAACUUACGAUCUUUUAAGAAUUGCAGAUGGAAGAGAUGUCCGGUAUAGUUUACCCUUGUGCCGCUUGCAAGUUCCACCAUAAAAAAUGUGGAGAGAAAUGCGAGCUCGCUGCCUACUUUCCACCAAGCGAUUAUGAAAAUUUCAAACUUGUACACAAAAUUUUCGGAACAAGCUAUAUAAAGAAAAUCCUUAAAGAUGUUCCAAUUGAGAGUAGAGGGGAUGCCGUAAAAAGCAUGGUAUACGAGGCAAGAGCCAGAGAUAUCGAUCGUCUUCUUCGGGAUCGAAUAGUGCAGCUGGAAUCUCAACUAGCCGAGCUUCUCAACGCAAAAGCUUCUCUUUCUCUUUCUCUUCCAACAGUUACACUACAUCAAAGUGAUGAGGAAUUUUGGAGAACACUGUGAACACUGUGAACCCACUUCACCAAUCAUUCCAUUAGCAAAGGGAGUUCAAAAUGGAAACAGCGAAUGCUAUCUAUUUUGGCCUUGCAAAUCUUUUCUUAAAACAAUCUACCGACAAUUUCUUUGUUAAGUAUUGUCGACAGCAAUUAAACUACAAGUUAAUGAAGAUA